CUUGCUUGGUUAAAGUCACACCGAGGUAUUAUAUAUUAUUUGGGACUAUUAUGAAGGGUGUCUGGACCACAGGGGACCUGCUGCUUGAGUGCUUCCAUUGAUUUUAAUAUCACAACGCCAUGAAUUUAUAUUUUCUUGAUUUGCCUUAUCCUAGCAGAAGAUUACUGAAGACUUCGUUAAGAUGAUUCCAAGUGAUCUAAUUACUGGAUUCCUCCUCCUGUUAGAAACUUUCAUUGGACUCAUGGGAAACUUGCUGCUUUUAAUAUUAUACAUGUACAUCUUCUUAAUUCAGCCUCGUAUGAAGAAGCCCGUAGAUAUGAUCUUCACACAUCUAAUGCUUGUCAAUGUUUUGAGCAUUGUCUUUAGGCUGAUACCAGAUGUCAUGGCCUCCUUUGCAGUCAGACUCCCUUUCCACGACGUUGCAUGUAAGGCAGUUUUAUAUGCAUACAGUGUUACUAGGGGCCUUUCCAUUUGCACUACUUCUCUACUGAGUUUAUUUCAAGCCAUGACUAUUCGUUCUAACCAUUCCAAGUGGGCAUGGCUUAAAUCCAAGCUUGAGUCAUACAUUUUUCCAUCACUCCUCUUCAUCUGGAUCAUCAACACAUUUAUCUAUUUUCCCAUGCUUCAAAACAUAAAGGGACGAAUCAACUUCACUGUUGUGGCUUCUAGGUAUUCCCAGAUAUACUGCCAAAGUAGCCAGGUUCGCUAUCACUCCACCAUGUCAAUUGUCACUUCACUAAUGAUUAGAGACAUCCUGUUUGUGCUUCUCAUGAUGUGGUCCAGCCUCUACCUGGUGAAUGUCCUGUUCAGACACAACAGGAGAACACGGCAUGUCCACAGUUUCAGUGUGUCUCUCCAUGCAUCUUCUGAAAAGAAAGCCACCCACAGCAUCCUUCUGCUUGUGGGUUUCUUCAUAUUUUUCUAUUGCUCAAAUACUUUUGUCACCUUCUAUUUGUUUUAUAGACCUAAGAACAGCCCACUAUUGGAUAUGAUUACUAGAGUUUUAUCUUUAGGCUACCCAAUCAUCUGCCCUUAUGUUCUGAUGAACAAUAGGAAAAUUAUUUCCAAAUUCAUUUUCUCCCUAUCAAACUCUGAAUGUAUCUUUUCUACAAGAGGAUGCUAUGGCUAAUUUGACAUCCUAAACUUACUUCUUCCUUAGCAGAUUCUUUAUCAAUCUGACAAAAAUAACCAUGGUUAAGAAUUGGCAGAUACUGCUUUGUUUGUUUGUUUUUGGUUGCUCGAGACAAGAUUUCUCUGUGUGGCUCUGGCUGUCCUUGAAUUCUCUUCAUAGACCAGGCUGGGUUCAAACUCAAAGAUUUACUUGUCUUUGCCUUUGGAGUGCUGGGAUUAUCUUGGUUAACCACUUCAUUUUUAAAGGACAGGGCUUCACAUAUGCUGUGCUGGCCUAAAAGUCAUUUUGUACUGGAGAUGACCUUAGACUCCUGUUCUUCUUGACCCAUCUAAUUUUUAAAGAGGUGGUAUGUUUUUAAUAUGAGACUGGGAAGAUUUCAUAGGAACAAACAUAUAUUAAGAAAUUAACAGU